UAUAUAUCUUUUACUCACAUCUUCUUCUCUUUCUCGCUAAUUAGUGUGAUUAGUGCAUGACCGUAGCGCUCGCUCUCCUCCGCCCGUAGUUAGGUAGUCAUGAGGCGCUUACUUCUGCUCGGGCUCUGUUGCUUUCUCGCGCCCCGGCUCUCCUGGCAGCAGCUCCCCCGGCCGUGCGCGAGCGUGGAGGCCCUCACAUCCAAAGAGUGCUGCCCUGUGUGGUCGGGAGACGGCUCCACAUGCGGGGCUAACUCGGGCCGGGGUUUCUGUCAGAACGUGGUGGUGUCGGACCUGCCCAACGGGCCGCAGUACCCGCACCAGAACGUGGACGACCGCGAGCGCUGGCCGCUGGUCUUCUUCAACCGCACCUGCCAGUGCGCAGGGAACUACAUGGGCUUCGACUGCGGCGACUGCAAGUUCGGCUUCUUCGGGGCCAACUGCGCCGAGCGACGGGAGUCCGUGCGCAGGAACAUUCUGCAGUUGUCGGUACCGGAGCGCCAGCGUUUCAUCUCCUACCUCAACCUGGCCAAGACCACCAUCAGCCCGGACUACGUCAUCAUCACAGGCACCCACGAGCAGAUGGAGAAUGGCACGAGGCCCAUGUUCGCGGACGCCAGUGUGUACGACCUGUUUGUGUGGAUGCACUACUACGUCUCACGAGACACGCUCCUCGGUGGGCCCGGGAAUGUGUGGGAGAACAUAGACUUCGCGCACGAAGCUGCGGCGUUCCUCCCAUGGCACCGCGUGUACCUGUUGCUGUGGGAGCAUCAGAUCCGCAAGGUCACGGGAGAUUUCAACUUCACCAUCCCCUACUGGGACUGGCGGGAUGCGCGCGACUGCCAGGUGUGCACGGAUGAGCUGAUGGGCGCGAGGAGCCCACUCAAUCCGAACCUCAUCAGUCCCGCUUCCGUCUUCUCCUCCUGGAAGGUGAUCUGCACCCAACCAGAGACCUAUAACGAUCGGGAGCUGCUGUGCAACGGCACAGGGGAGGGGCCUCUGCUGCGUAACCCUGGCAACCACGACCCCAGUCGUGUGCGGCGACUGCCCACCAGCGCAGACGUGGAGGCCGUGCUCAGCCUGACCGACUACGAGACCGGGAGUCUGGACCGCAGCGCCAACCUCAGCUUCAGGAACGCCCUCGAGGGCUUUGCCAGUCCAGAGACGGGGCAGGCGGUGUCGGGUCAGAGCACGAUGCACAACUCUCUCCACGUCUUCAUGAACGGAUCCAUGAGCUCGGUGCAGGGAUCUGCCAAUGACCCCAUCUUCCUACUACACCACGCCUUCAUCGACAGUAUAUUUGAGCAGUGGUUGCGCCGGCAUCAGCCCCCCAGGACUCUGUACCCCACUGCCAAUGCGCCCAUCGGACACAAUGAUGGAUACUACAUGGUGCCCUUCUUCCCCCUGUACCGGAAUGGCGACUAUUUUCUCUCCACUAAAGCCCUGGGAUACGAGUAUGCCUAUCUACUGGAUCCCAGCCAGCGGUUCGUGCAGGAGUUCCUGACGCCGUAUCUGCAGCAAGCGCAGGAGAUCUGGGCGUGGCUUCUGGGGGCGGGGCUAGUUGGUGCCUUCGUCACCGCCGUCCUCGCUACAGCAGUAGCCCUGGUCUGUCGCCGCCGGCAACGCAGGAAGAAGAUGCCGUCGUCUUUCGGGGAGAGACAACCUCUACUGCACAGCAGCGAAGAAGAGGGCUCGUCGUCCUACCAGACCACCCUCUAAACACACACACACACGCUACACACAAACACCCCACACACUCCCUACACACACAUACACACACAAACACACACCCCACACACACACAAACACCACACAAACACGUAUACACACACACACACAAAUACAUGUACUCACACACAAACAUACACACACUUCCUGCCUCAGAGACUGCUUCCUUCAUAUCACUAUUUGUAUGUAAGACACAAUCUGUAUUAAAG